AGGCUGACAUGCCGUCUCGAGGUGGCGAAGAAGAUAGUCAAAAGUCAAGAUGGCGGCAACCAAACGUGUUCUUUAUGUCGGUGGUCUCGCGGAGGAGGUGGACGAGAAAGUGUUGCACGCUGCGUUCAUUCCCUUUGGUGACAUCACCGAUAUUCAGAUCCCGCUGGAUUAUGAGACAGAGAAGCACAGGGGCUUUGCAUUCAUCGAGUUUGAACUGGCAGAGGAUGCAGCUGCUGCCAUCGAUAACAUGAAUGAGUCGGAGCUGUUCGGCAGAACCAUCCGGGUGAACAUUGCCAAACCCAUGAGAAUUAAAGAGGGUUCCUCUCGACCAGUGUGGUCUGAAGAUGACUGGCUGAAGAAGUUCUCAGGGAAGACUGUUGAGGAGAGCGAGGAGGCGGAGUCAGCCGCAGAACCAGCCAGUACAAAUACACAGGAGGGAGAACCUCCAGCGAAAAAAGGCAGAAAUAACCCACAGGUCUAUAUGGACAUCAAGAUCGGCAACAAACCUGCAGGCCGGCUGCGCUUCCUCCUGCGAGCGGACGUCGUGCCCAUGACUGCAGAAAAUUUCCGUUGUUUAUGCACGCACGAGAAAGGCUUUGGAUUCAAGGGCAGCAGCUUCCACCGAAUCAUUCCUCAGUUUAUGUGCCAAGGUGGAGAUUUUACCAACCACAACGGCACCGGGGGGAAGUCCAUAUAUGGACACAAGUUUGACGAUGAGAACUUUGUCCUCAAGCACACUGAACCAGGUCAGCUGUCGAUGGCAAACUCUGGUCCCAAUUCUAACGGCUCGCAGUUCUUCAUCACUGUCGAUAAAACAGACUGGCUGGAUGGCAAACAUGUGGUGUUCGGAGAGCUCAUAGAGGGCAUGGAUGUACUCCGGGCCAUGGAGGCUCAGGGAACAAAAGAUGGCAAAACCAAACAGAAAGUCAUCAUUUCCAACUGUGGAGAGUAUGUGUGAAUUCAACAUAUUGUGUGAGUGUGUGAGAGAGAGAGUGUUUCUGUUUUAUAAUAAAACUUUAUUCUAUUUCCAAAGAAAA